UCCACUCUUUUUCUUUCAUUGCCAUUCCCUUAAUAGCCUCUGCAACACUUUCAUAAUUUCUUUCAUUCUUUUCUUCCUUUUCCCACACUCCUAUAUUUUCCUAUAUACUAGGAAAAACAAAAUUAAAGACGCCAAGAUGAACACAUUUGGUUCAGAACUUGGCAGUAGUGGCUGUGAGUCUGGUUGGACUCUAUACCUUGAGCACUCUUUCCUUAACCAGAAUGCUUCUUCACAUCACAAAGACAAAAGAUUCAAAGAUGAAGACUCUGGGGAGGAGGAUUUGUCCAUGCUUUCUGAUGCUUCUUCUGGACCUCCUCUUUUUCCACACUACGACUCUUACUUCAAAGAAGAUGUCAAUGCUUGCUUCUAUUCGGCUUCCAAGGCAGUCAAGCUCGCCAAGAGUGCUAAAAAGAAACAGAAAGUUAAGGAAAAUCAACACCUUGAGGAUCAACAUCUCACUUUUCUUCAUGACACUGCUACCUCUCCUGUCUUUGACUUUUCCACUGACAAUGUUGCAAGGGCCAACCAACAAACAUCUGUAGGGAGUGUGGUUGAUUAUUCACAAGGUUUUUCUGCAACUUAUUUUAUGGGAAGAUCGUCAUUCCAAGAAGAACACUUCGGUUUCUUACAAUCAGAAAAUGAAGUUGAAGGCAACAAAUGGUAUGGAGGGAAAAGGAUGGGAAUAAGGUGAAUAUAUAUAUAUAUAUAUAUAUAUAUGUAUGUCGGUUCUGCUAAUGGCUGUCUCUGCAAUGGAUGGAGAAUCGCGGUGUUGAAAGGGACCCUGUACCUUUCUCUUAUUUUUUCCUUUUGUAGCCGUUAAUGUAGUGGGAAACAACAUGAAAAGACAUGUUUGAUUUAUUUUUUGUUUGCUUUUUAGCUUUAUAAAUCUUAUUUUGUUGUGAAUGAAUGAUGAUUACAUUUGCAA